GAUCGUAUCGAGGAGAAGUUAUUCACAGCGAUGAAGAAGGACGGCUCCUACCAAACCCGGGACCAACUCACUUCCAAAUGGAGCCACAUCAACAAAAAAGUCCGAAAGUUUAUCGGAGUUUACGAGGAAUGCUCCCGGUCCCGGAGGAGCGGCACGAACGACGCCGAUGUUCUCCGGCUUGCCACGACCCGAUAUCAAGAUGACGGGCACCAAGGCAAGGUGCCCAUCGAUCUUUGGAGGAUUUUGAGUCAUCCCUCGAAGUGGCAACAACUCAACAAUCACGACGGCGGAACGUUCCGGAAAAGAUCCACCGUCGACGCCGUGGUUGAGGUCGACGAGACUAUCGGUUCUACCGAUCAAAUCCCUCCCUUCAAGGUUGCGGAUUCCGAUGACGAGGACCCCAUUCAACGGCCGAUCGGAAGAAAGAAGGCAAAAUCCAUUGCCUUUUGUUCGGGAGGGUCCGCCUCUGUUUCCGCUUCUUCCCGCGACGAAAUCGGCUGGGCAAUGGUUGAACAACUUCGGACGUUCAAUCUCCAAGAACAAGAGAGGUUGAAGCUAAAGGAGAAGGAGUUGAAGCGAAAGUAGCAGGAGACCGAGAUGAAAGUCAUGCAAACCGACCCCGGGACGUUGCCGGAAUUUGGACUAAUGAUCUACGAGCAAAGAAUGAGAGAGAUUAAGGACAAAUAUAAUUUACCUUAGUUU